GAAGAAAAUUGCAGGAAGAACAUAAAGAAAGAAGGAAGAUGAAGGUACGUACUACGUAGCAUGCGUUUUAUUAAUAACAAAAUGCGUUUUGUGGGUGUUGCAGCUAUCUUAGCUGCAUUAGAAUGCAGCCAAAAAUUUGUACUAUAACAUCUAAAAAAAAUAAAGCCCAAUUCGUUUAAUAUCGACACAAACACGACCCAUUAGACCGCCUUUAUCGGUGAACUCAAGCAAAAAAAGAACACAAGUACAACUAUACAAGACUAUACAAAUACUAGUGGGGAAGAUUAUCUCCUUGGGUCGCAAGUCGCACCUUUAGACCGACCAGGGAAUGAGCUUCGCAGUGACAACUCCGCCAUUGCCACUCCAUUUCAACUCCUCUUCCAAUUCUUCGAUUUCAGGUGGUCAAAUCUUACCUUUAAACCCGACAAUUCCAACCUAUAAAUGGCGCCUUCUCAUUGCUUAUGAUGGCACCAAUUAUGCUGGGUGGCAAUAUCAAGCAUCACCACCAACAGUACAGUGUGCCAUAGAAAAGGCUUUGAUCAGAAUCACAAAUUUAGAUCGAAAGGAUUUAAAUGUAGUAGGUGCAGGCAGGACUGAUACAGGAGUGCAUGCUUGGGGCCAGGUUGCACAUUUUGUCACACCUUUCAACUAUGAUUCAUUGGAUGAAGUUCAUGCAGCAUUAAAUGGUCUUCUCCCAUCUGACAUACGUGUGAGGGAGCUAAGCCCUGCAUCGACAUUGUUCCAUGCCCGUUUUUCUGCAAAGGGAAAGAUUUAUCGUUACAGCAUUUAUAAUGGUGCUGUCAUGGAUCCAUUUGCUCGUACUUGUGCAUAUCAUAGCUUAUAUAAGCUUAAUGUUGCUGUCAUGGCAGAAGCUGCAAAGUAUUUUAUUGGAAAGCAUGACUUCACAGCCUUUGCUAAUGCAAUUCGUAAUGACCGAGUACGGGAUCCUGUCAAGACUAUAUCCCGAUUUGAUGUCACUGAAAGGGGACCUCUUGUGGAGCUAGAAGUUGAAGGCUCAGGUUUCUUGUAUAGACAAAUUCGAAACAUGGUUGCGUUGUUGCUUCAAAUUGGAAGGGAGGCGAUUCCACCUGAUAUAAUCCUUGAUAUCUUGGAAACAAGAGAUCGUAAAGAAUUGGCUAAAUAUGCCUUAUCUGCACCACCUCACGGGCUUAGUCUAAUAUCAGUUAAUUAUAAUGAAGAGCAUCUGCAGCUUCCAUCAAAUUGCCCUCCAGUUAGUUUAGGUAGGCGUAGUACUGUAAGCAAAUGUAAACUUCCUUAUUAUUAACACAUUUUAUGCAACAACUGAAUAGGUUCAAGAAUAGCCUGGUACUUGUUCAUUCCAUUGCUACAUGGCAGAUUUUUUUUUUUUUUUGAUAAAGCUACAUGGCAGAUUUGAGCAAUGAGCUUCUAGAAUAAAAGCAAGGCUGUUAAUUUCAAUCUAGUCUUGAUGCAUGUGGAGAUAUACGGUGUAGAUAAGAUGGGGUAAAAAUAAUUAUGCUGAUCGAUUUUUGCUCAUCUGUUCCUC